CGGAACUAAGCGAAACAACUGAAUGACGUGUAAUGGGCCCAACGAGACACCGUAGGCUCAGUUCCCAGAGAACCCCGCGAAGUGAGGCCUUCUGCUAGGUGUCCAGCCCACCAUAUUGGUGCAGGAUCCUCAGACUCGGUUAUAAAGUAUUUUAAGGACGAAGACGGGAGCGGCAGGAGCGCAGCCUGAGAUGAGUCUGGAGUCUUUGUUCCAGCACAUCAUAUUCUCUGAGCACCAGGCGGAGGAGAGUCGCCGCUUGAUGCGGGAAGUAAGGUCCGAAAUAAACAGAUGUCGUGGGAAAAUCCAGAGAGCAGCAGAGCAGCUGAAUGAAGAGAAAAUUCAGUUGGAAUCUAAGGUUCAGCAGUUUUCUGAAAAAGCCUUCUUCUUACAGCUUUUGAAAACACACGAAAAUGCCUUAGAGAGACAGUGCAAUGAAAUUACAAACCAAAGGAAUAUGCUUCUCCAAACCUUUGAGGCUACAAAGAGAAGAGUUACAGAGGAGGAAGAAAAAUUUAUUAAGGAAAUUACAGAUUUCAAUAAUGAAUAUGAAUUAACAAAGAAACGAGAGCUCUUGAUGAAAGAAAAUGUCAAGAUUCAAAUAUCUGACUUAGAAAACCAGGCAAACAUUCUUAAAAUGGAAAUGAAGUCAAUGGAACAUGAUAAUGACCUGUUAAAUGAACUUCAAAAACAAAAGAGUGAAUUAAUACAAGAAUUAUUUACUUUGCAGAGGAAGCUUAAAGGUUUUGAAGAUAAAAAAAAUGGAGCCAUUUGUACUACUAAAUAUCUAGAGGCAGAAAAAAUAAAAAUCAGUGAAAAACCUCAAAAUGAUGCUGAAUGCUUAAGACUUAAAAAAGAAUUAGAACUUUAUAAGGAAGAUGACAUGCAAAGUGUUUAUGAUGCUCUCCAAUCAGAAAUAGAAUUUUUGGAGUUGACAUUGGCACAGAAAGAUCAUCAGGAAACAAAUAACUUGUAAAGAAUUGACCAACUAUCUAAGAUUUGGCUAGAGCAUCUUACUAUCAGAUCUUUGUGGUAGAUACAUGAAUGAUACCCAUUACAACAGAUUCUUGUGGAAAACUUGAGGUUAAAAAUAUUUAGAGUUGAUUGUGUUUCUAAAGGAAUU